AUGACAUCACAAAGAAGCACUUCGACAAAGACCUCAGCUCCAGCCAUGACCUCAUCAGGCAAAGCUUCAGAAAUGACGGCACUUCAAUUCAUUUCACAGGACGAACUUGUCCGACUCUUCGAAGAGCAAAAAGGGGCCCAAUAUUUUAUUCCCGAUGGGUUUGAGCCAGUUCUCAUUCCUCGGGGUUUUAACUUACAACCAAUAGAAGCCCUCAAAGGCCUGCAACAGCAAAUUAUCCUGCAGAAACAGCAGCAAAAGAUUCAACAAACGACGGCACAGGGUGUAGCCAACGUGAACUCAACGGCAUCUACUCUUACAAAGAAUAACAACAACAACAAUAAUAAUUCUACAUCCGACGUGAGAUUUCCACAACUCGUGCUAGCUCGAGCUGCUGCAGCGCAAACUCCGCGGGGCGGAGUGGUUGCAAAGACCAAGCAAAAGAAGCCUCCCAGACCACCAAAUGCCUUUAUCCUUUACAGGCGAUCAAAGCAAUCGGAUAUUGUCGCGGCCAAUGAAGGAAUCACAAACAACGAGGUAUCUAAGCAGAUAGGAGAAAUGUGGCACCGAGAAAGUGCCGCCGAGAAGCAGAAGUUCCAACUUCUUGCCGAUCAAGCAAAAAUUGAACAUUUGAAAAAGUUCCCCGACUACAAAUAUCGCCCACGAAGACCACAUGAAAAACGAAGACGAACAAAGAGACCAAGCGCCAGCUUAGGAAACAGCAAUGCGAUGUCCAGCGCAGUCGCCUCAUCCGCUGCGAACCCAACCAAAGGUACCAGCCCCAUGAUGAACGGCGGUAACUUUGCGGAUAUUAACGAAUCCUUGCUUCGACGGUCUUCCAUUGACACCACAUGUUCGUUCGAUGACUCCCGAAGAAAUUCCCUUUUGUCAACCGGCGAUGCAAAUGAGUUCAACGACUUCGAAGAAAGUGAGCUCAAUGACCUCGAAGAGUUGGGAUAUGAUCAAAUGAACAUUUUUGAUACUUCUGUUUCUCCAAUGGUCGAUGAAACCACUUUUCAAUACCACCAGAUUUCUCCCGAGGAAUAUAAUAAUACUUGUGUCGAGACCGCCGCCCUAAAUAUUUUAACGAUGGAGGGUGUUUCACCUAGUUCCGAAACCGAAGUUAACCCAUUUGAGUAUUACGACCUGUAUUCAGGUGGAAACUACGACUACCUGAGUUCUCUAAAUUCUUUUGGUCUAAACCCGUACGUCUCUUUGCCUGAUGGUGGAAUGAUUAACUUGCCCGAAAUGGAUUCAUAG